AUAUUUGCAGUGAAGUUCUGGAGUUGCCUAAAUCUCUUAUUUCGAUAUAGAUUGUGAAAAGAUGAAGAUGUAGUUGAGUUCUCAAUGAAACUUAAUAAUGGAGGACAACAACAGACCCCCAAGAAAGGAAAGAAAAGGUGAAGAACCUAGCAAAAACCAAGAGGAAGCAGCAAAGAAUUUGUGUACAAAUCAGAACCAACAGACUGCUAACAAGAAAAAUCCACAAUCACCUGUCACAACUCAACAACAGAAUUUGCCGUCUGUGAAUGUAUCACCUCUUUCCUCCUCUCCCUCUUCUGACACCAGUAGUUUGUCUUCCGGAAAUGGAAGUGGCUCCAGUUCUAGCUUUCAUCUUGAAGAUGUUGCACACAACCAGUUUCUAAAAUCAACAAGCGAAACCUCUUUAUCCACUUCAACUACAACUGGUGCAACGCUGUCUGUGACUCAUCCAUCAGGAACAUACACAUUCUCAGAUAACGAGAAACUACCAGGAACUGCUCACGGGCAUGGUAAUGCUCAGUACAACUGGCAAUCUACAAAAACAACAGUGAAAGAAAGACUAGCAUAUCUUUUCAAUACAGAAAUUAUGAGUGACAUACAUUUCUUGGUCGGAACCCCACCUAACCAACAAAAGAUACCUGCUCAUAAGUUUGUUCUUUCAGUUGGUAGUGCUGUUUUUGAUGCACAGUUCAAUGGACCAAUGGCUACCAAAGAUGACGUAAUUGAAAUUCCUGAUGUAGAACCAGGUGCAUUUCUAGCUUUACUAAAAUUUCUGUAUUCAGAUGAAGUACAAAUUUGUUCUGAUACUGUGAUGACAACCUUGUACACGGCCAAAAAAUAUGCUGUUCCGGCUUUGGAAAAAGCAUGUGUAGAAUUUCUGAAGCGUAACUUGAGUAGUGAUAAUGCAUUUAUGUUACUUACACAGGCAAGACUAUUUGAUGAGCCUCAACUAGCAGCACUUUGUUUAGAGACUAUUGACAAAAACACUUCCGAGGCACUUGUAGCAGAUGGCUUUACAGACAUUGACAAUGAUACGCUCUGUGUAGUACUGGAGAGAGAUACCUUAGGUAUACGAGAAUGUAAGUUGUUUGCUGCUGUGUGUCGUUGGGGGGAGGCAGAGUGUGCUAGAAGAAACAUAUCACCCACACCUGACAAUCAAAGACUAGUUUUGGGGAGAGGUCUGAGGUUGAUUCGAUUUCCUCUGAUGAGUGUGGAAGAGUUUGCUCAAGGUGCAGCUCAAGGGGGAUUAUUGGAAGACCGGGAAGUGGUCCAGUUAUUUCUGUACUUCACAGUCAACCCUAAACCUCAGAUAGCUUUCCUGGAUAAGCCACGUUGCUGUCUGACUGGGAAGGAGCAGGUGGUGUCCCGCUUCUGUCAGAUAGAGAGUCGCUGGGGAUAUAGUGGAACCAGUGACAGAAUAAGAUUUAUGGUGAAUAGGAGGAUUUUCGUUGUUGGGUUUUGUCUUUAUGGAAGUAUACAUGGACCUCAUGAAUAUGCAGUCAACAUACAGAUAAUCCAGUCAGAUACUGGAAAAGUGAUGGGACAAAAUGACUCCAGCUUCCAGUGUGACGGAUCCAACUCCACCUUUCGUGUAAUGUUCAAGGAACCAGUGGAGAUCUUACCCAAUACCAGUUAUACUGCAUGUGGUACUUUGAAGGGGCCGGAUUCUUACUACGGUGCUAAGGGUCUGAGGAAAGUGACCCAUGAAUCAGUGUCCAGUGGUAAGGUCACCUUUCAGUUUACCUAUGCAGCCGGCAACAACAAUGGAACUUCUGUAGAAGAUGGUCAGAUCCCCGAGAUCAUCUUCUACACUUAGAGAGUGGACCAGACAGGUUGGUCUGAUCCGUUAGGUAAUAUGAAACUCACCAACUCUUGGAGAGCGUACUACUGAGUAUGUAUAUGUUUAGCAGGAUAUGUUUUAUUGAUAAAAAGUCAGAAUAUAUUCUGGAACACAGAGAACUUGUAAAGGAAUACCGGUAUAUCAAAGAGAAACUGGUUUUAUGUGAUAUUUAAAGGCUAUAUGAGUACAAAAACAUUUUUGAAAAGUCUGAAAACGGGAGUCAGACAAUUCUUUGAAACAUUCAGCAGAUAGAGCUGAAUAAUUCUUAGUGAAAUCUUUAACUAAAGCUCCAACAAGAUUUUUUAAGUAUAAGUUGGACAAUUGGAUAAUUUGAAAUGUUCAUUAACAUGAAUUGUCAAAUUCAUUAAAACAUAAAAACAUUUGUCAGAAUUUAAGCUGGGUAUUUACAGUUCAUGUAAGAGAACUUAAAAUGACAUAAAUUCAGUAAUUACAUUUUAAAAUACAUGAAAUAUGAAUAAGAUUUAGGAUAAUUUAUUUGAUUUUUAGAUUAAAUACAUUA